AUGGCCGCAGAGAACCCUGUGGAAAGUCUCCAGGAUGAAGCUAGUUGUCCCAUCUGUCUGGAAUAUUUUCAAGACCCAGUGAUUACAGACUGUGGGCACAAUUUCUGCCGAGCCUGCAUCAGCCUGUGCUGGGAGGGACCUGACACAGAAGUAUCCUGCCCUCAGUGCAGAGAAACUGCUCAGCAGAGAAACCUCAGGCCAAACAGGCAGCUGGCAAAUGUUGUAGAAAUAGCCAAACGGCUGAGUUUCCAGGCAGGAACAGGGUCAGGAGGAGAGAGUGUGUGUGAUGAGCACCAGGAGCCUCUCAAACUGUUCUGUGAAGAGGAUCAAACCCCUAUCUGUGUGGUGUGUGACAGAUCCCGGACGCACAGAGAUCACACUGUGGUUCCCAUAGAGGAGGCUGCCCAGGAGUACAAGGAAAAGAUUCAGGCCCAUUUGGAGAUUCUGAGGGAAGAGAGAGAAAAGCUUCUGAGAUUUAACGUGACCGGAGAGGGGAAAAGCCUGGAGUAUCUGAUACAGACACAAAACAAGAGGCAGAAGGUUGUAUCUGAAUUUCAGCAACUGCGGCAGUUUCUAGAGGAAGAAGAGCAACUCCUGCUGGCCCAGCUGGAAAAUCUGGAAAAGGAGAUUGUGAAGAUACAGAAUGACAAUGUCACUAAAAUGUCGGAGGAGAUUUCCCGUCUCAGCGAUCUGAUCAGUGAGCUGGAGGGGAAGUGUCAGAAGCCAGCCAGUGAAUUCCUGCAGGAUGUCAGAAGCAGCUUGAGCAGGUGUGAGAAGGGGAAAGUCCUGCAGCCAGUGGAGAUUUCUCCUGAGCUGGAAAAGAGACUCAGUGAUUUAUCCCAGAGAAAUAUUGCUCUAAUGGAGAUUCUGUGGAAGUUCAAAGACACUCUGCAAUCUGAACUGGAGACAAUAAGAGGGAAAUCCUUAGGAUCACACAGACCAGGUCCCGCCACUUGGGGUCAGGAUGGAGCACGAAGGCAAGGAAGUGGAUGGUGUGGAGCACGAACAUGUACAGAUGUUCUCGGGGACUGGUACAGAGGUGGACCAGCUGGAUGUCCUGCAGCGAAUACAGUGAAUGUGACUCUGGAUCCAGACACGGCUCAUCCCCGACUCAUCCUGUCUGAGGAUCGGAAAAGUGUGAGAUGGGGAGACACAUGUCAGCUUCUGCCCACCAAUCCUGAGAGAUUUGACUCUUGGGCUUGUGUGCUGGGCUCUGAGGGAUUCAUCUCGGGGAGACAUUGCUGGGAGGUGGAGGUGGGGGACAGAGGAUUCUGGGCUGUGGGAGUGGCCAGAGGGUCUGUGAGGAGGGAGGGAGAAGUCAGCUUUAACCCUGAAGUGGGGAUCUGGGCUGUGCAGUGGUUGGGUCUGUUCCAGGCUCUCACCUCCCCUGCAACCGCCCUGCCCUUUAGCCAGGUGCCCAGGAGGAUCCAGAUUUGUCUGGACUGUGAAUGGGGCCAGGUGACAUUUUUUGAUGCUGAUAACAAGGUCCCAAUCUUCACUUUCCCGCCAGCCUCUGUCCCUGGGGAGAGAAUCUACCCCUGGCUCUGGGUGGGGGCAGGAUCCCAGCUCAGACUGUGUCCCUGA